AUGGCCUCAAAUAUAUAAAAUCCUAUAAAAGAAGAUAAAGAUAAAGAUAAAAAAAAACAAGAAGAAGAAGAAAAGAAGGCUGAUGAAGAUUUCGUCAAACAAUUAGAAUUAGUUUCCUAUAAAGUAAGACGAACUCCUGAAUUAUAUAGAAAAGAAGUAACCUAAUAUUAUUCUGAAUUCAAGUAAACAUUUGAAAAAGUAAAGGAAAAUCCUUUAUAAAAAAAUAAAAAGUUUGCCGAAUUAGCUGUUUUCUUAGCUAGAAUAGCCUAAUUUUAUAAAUUCGAAAUUCUCGAGUAAUACGUGACUGAGUUUUUGGAUAAUUAUGCAAAUUAAAUGAAUCCUUUUUUACGUAAAAAAAUGGUAGCUUCUUUAAUGAUUUUACGUUCUAAAAAUCUUUUGAAACCUAAUACUGAUGGAAUCGCAAAAAGAAGUCUUUAAAUAAUGAUAACUUUAUACAAGAAAAACAUUUGGAUAGAUUAGAAAACAAUAAAUAUUAUCGCUUCUGGAUGCUUAAAUGAUAGUUAUAAAAUAAAAUUGAUUUCUUGUUUUUUUUUGGUGGCUACAACUGAAUUAGAAGAAUAUGAAUCUGACAGUAGUGAUGAUGAUGAUGAUAAUGAUAAAGACAAAAGAGAAAAAAAGGGAGUAACUAAAAAAACUAAAGCUAAAAUUGCCAGAAUGGAACGUGAGAAAAAAAAUCUGCAAAAAAAUUAAGAAAAAGAAUGA